AACAGAGCUGGACGGAGCAGCAGACGAACAGAGAGUACACAUGUACUUGGCCCUGGACGAUUCACCAAUCGUUUUGUAGUACGAGGUCACAUGAUCGUUUGAACCACGAAAUACAAAUGCACUACAGUAACAAGCAAGAAAAAGAUGGAUCACGCUGUUUGUCCUGUGGACAUUCUCAUUGACUUGUCUGACCCAAUUGAUGACAAAAAUAGCCUGAUUGAGGAUGACAAAGAAAAUACUCCACUUAUAAGAAUUACAGACUCUGUUGAAUUAAUUAGAAGGAGCAGCUUUCCUCUUUCACAACCUUCAAAGUUUGAGGAGCAUGUUUUUCAAGAUGUAACAGACAGAAUAGAGCAGAAAGAUACAAGUCCAGAAGUUCGACUGAUUGAAGAAGAAGAGUUUGACUUUGAUCUUCCUGUAUCUUCACCUGAGAGGCGAGAUGGUGGUGAUAAAGCAGUUGAUGGAGAUGAGGAGGAUGAAGUGUUUAUUGGCCCUAUAGGGUUCAUGGAAAAGUGUAUAGCUGCUGGGGUGGCAGAGGAGGUUAUCAAGCCACUCAGCCCUCUCCGACCUGAUCAGGUUGCUGAGAUAGCGAAAGAAGCUUUCCUUGUGGCCCACCGAAUAGUAAACAUGACAGUGAUCACACCAUCGCCUCAGAAGUCCUGUUCACCUAAAACAGUUACAAACUUUCGACCUGUGUCCUUGUUUGGAAGGAAGACGCACACACUUUUGAACAAAUACCAAGAAACGAAUGAUCACUCAAAAGGUGAUAGUCAGGAUCUAAAUGGUUCUUCCACAAGUCCUCACUUUGGUCACAUACGACAGGAGACUUUCACAAAAGAACUGCCAGUUGAAGAGCUUGUAAAGUUUAAAAAGGAACAGUCGAACAGUAUAGCAGUUGAUGAUGAUGCUAAGAAUUCUGAGACAGAAAGUUCAGCAUCCACUGUGAAAAGUCAUCCACCUGCCAACAAGUUGCAACUGGCAUCUUCCAAACUGCUUCGCUACAACAGAAGUCAAAUAAAUCUUGCAAAGGUUGACAAACAACUUUCAUCAUCAUCUGCUGUUAGAAGUAAAGAGGAAGAAGAGAAUAUACAGACAGAAUCUACAAUAAGGAGAAGCCUACAGCCUCCUAAAAUGUCCAGUGGCCAGAAAACUCUGUUCCACAAGGUUCUUAAAGAAGGGUCACCCACAACUAGCAGUUCAACUAUUGCUGCUUCCGCUAACGCUGCCAGAGGCAAGACUGGCAUUAGGCGUUGUCAGUCAAUGAUUCAGAAGCCAAGCACUUUGCCAAUGCGGGGGUUGAGACUAGCUGGUCCAUCACAGAAAUCUGCCGUCAACACUUCAGUACAGCAAGGACAGAAGGCUCAGGAUAGUCUGUUUGCCCUUCCACGACAGCAGGCUCCAGUCAUGGACAGCAGCACUGGGAUGUCCAAAGGGCCGGCAACCAAGCCUCAGCUUAUACAGCCUGGUCACCUGCAGCGCAGAAAUCUGGCUCAGAAUCUGAACAAAACAACUCGUCUAGUUGCUGCUGGGCCUCUUAAAGCCACCACUCAGGCAGCAUCAAAGAAGGGCGAGACAGUUGAAAGACCAAAUAACCUCAUGCUGCCCCAAGGCAACACACAGUGCCCUGAAAUGCCGACAGGCAUUGAAAACAAUGCUAGGCCAAAACUCUUGUCUGUUACCAACAUCAUCACUCCAGUCAAGUCAUCUAGUUCUUCAAGCUCUGUGUGUGAUAGUACUCCUGGAUCAGUCACAAAUAAAAGAUUGUCUAUGCUACCAACACCCUCAAAGAGUAAAGGAAGCUCAGUGUCAUCUUUGCCUCUUCCAAGCCCUUUGUCACUACGUAGCAGCAACAGCAGCAAUUUGUCCUUUCGGUCUGUGCCAUCAUCCAGUGAUGCAGGUGACUCUCCGAUGUUAGAUCCCAAGAAAACAGUCAAAAACAGACGGCUUUCGGGUGUAAAGGGAAGUUGUACUAGUAGUGAAGUAGAAGGCCCUUCUCCUUUAGCUUUCCAGCCACGCAAGCCUCUGGUUCAAAAUACACCUGAGGUUCCCAGACGGAUACCUUCAAAGUGGUCUCCAGUGGUGCGAUCUAAACCAGCAGCUUUAGAUGAACAGGUUUCCAUGUGUACCAAGAGACUUCUGAAUAAGUAAUUUCAAUAAUAACAAAAGUACCUUUGAAAGAGGAAUUCCUUGUUUACCUGGUAUUGUAAUGUGCAUCGAGCUUCCAUCAGCUCCUCUGAAACUUCUUGGUUUUCUACAUCUUUUGGCAUGUAUAUUAUUUUAUGUAUGUUUCUCCUGUUAAAUUAUACUUAUAUGUUAAACAUAUCUGUAGUUUUACAGUCACUCUGUCAUAAAAGUGCAUUGUAUACUAUCAGCUUAUCUUCAAGAAGUCACAUGCUUAUCUUCAUGCUAGUCACAAAGCACAGAAGAAAUUUAUUCGACGAGUGUAGGAUUAUGUACGUAUCUGUAUUCAAGAUUUGUUCCCUUGGUUUCCUUUCUAGUUAAAAAGACUGGUCAUUUUACAGAAUAUUGUUUGACUAUUUGAGCAUAUUACUAGUAAUGUCAGUGCCAUUUGCUGUCUGAUUGUGUAGUUUGUUUGUUUUUUUAGUUGAACCUUUUUUUUAAUUUUCUAAUGUAAGAAGCACAUUACAAGAAAUAAUUGUAUCACCCAGUUUUCCUUUAAGUAGGUUUUUUUUUAAAAGUUUUAUUAAUUUUUUUUAAAAAUGAUUCCUUACUGUAACAACCUCAAGACCACACCAAGCACCUCAUGAUGAAGAGUGAUUAAGCUGAUUAGUUGUUUAAAACUGAAAAAUUUAAUAAGGUCUUUUCAUCUAAAAUAAAUAAGUUUCAAGAAUAUACUGAAUAUGUGUGUGUAUCUAAAAAUCUGUUGUGAUGGCAUUCCACAAAAGUGAACUAAGUUGCACUCUUUGAGCCAAAAAUAUAGUUUCAAAUAGUUUGCCCCCUUUAAAAAGACAAAUUACACUUUUGUCUCCCUUAUGAAAGGCAGGGCCUAAGUUUUUAGACAGCAGAACGUUCAUGUAAGAAUGAUUUUAUUUCAAGUUGUUGGAUGCUAAAAUCUCUUUAACAGAUGGAGAGUGAUGUCCCUUCGCCUAACUGGCUAGAGGGUGACUGCUGUCCCUCACUUUUCAUAUUUGCCCAUUGAUCUGCUUGGUUUUGUGUCUAAUGUUCAUCAGUAUAUCUGUUAUGAUAUUUGCUACCUUUCUAGAUGGAUUUCUGUAUCUGCGCCACCUUUUGUCUUUUCCUGGUCCAUUUUUUUCUACUGUCACAUCUGCACUAUCUUGCCAUUACUUAGGUUUUAAAUCUGCACAUCGGCAGUGUCAACUUCAGACUCUGAUUACCCUCCUCCAGCUGCCUCAGAAUGUUGAGCUAUCACGGAAAGCUUUCACACAGUGCAGGCCAGUCUGCAAUGACUAAUAUGUAUCUCCGGGAAGCCCAAUGAAAUAUGUCACCAGGCUGCUCAGACAAAUCUGAUACUGAUGGCGAAAUGACCAACUUGUUAUUGAAGCCUUUUACCUGACUACCAUACUUUAUGCCCUUCCUAAUAUUAGUAGCUGGUAAAGUUCACAGAUUCAAGAGUGACAAGAGGCUAAAGAAAGACAAAAUUUAUGUCAGAAAAAUCAGUAACAAAACAGUGUGCUUGUUCCAAAUCUUGAUUCUUCAUCAGCAAGUAAGCCUUACGACAUCAACUCCCCAUCACUGUCAAAAAACAAGGUGAAGGUCAUUCUUAACACCAAUGAGUAGUCAUCAUCAUCAUCAGAAGUGGUCAUCAUGCAGUUUGACAGUGUUGCCUGUGUCUAUCAGCUAUAUGCUAUGAUAGGCAAAGGUUAGAAAUAUACAAUCCACAAUGCAUCUAGCUCAGCAUUUGCCAACAGAAAUGCAGGUGGCUGUUUAACAGAUUGAUCUAGAAAACUCGGAUCAUGAGUUUUCUUAUGUACUCAAAGAAGUUGUAUUAACAAAGCAGUUACAACAUGAGACUAUUCUCCCACAUUACUGUAGCUUCGUUUAUUGCCAUAAACUGUGGACAAUCAUGCCUGUUAUGAGCUAUGGUUCGUGCUGUGACUUUCAUAGCAGGACUGCCAGAGCUAGCGGUUACAUAUAUCUUGUGGGAUGUACUGCAUGCUCUGGAAUACUUGUGUAGCGGAGGUGUCAAAUGCAGGGCCGUGAAGGCUUUGUUUUAAUAUUAGCUAGUGGACAAGUGUGUCACAACUCUCUCCACCAUUGUAGGGUACCACAGCCUGUGAACAGUCUAUGACUACCCCAAACAUGCUGUUGAUAGCUGCCAGGGGUUCAGUCUGGAAAUUUUUGAACAAAAGAAUCUGACAUUUAUAGUGUGGGCAUCUUGGCCUGUGAGCUGGCCAAUGGACAAGCACCCUUUAUAGACAUGCCUAUUACUCAGAUGCUGCUAGAUGAGAUGAGUGGAACAAAACCUAUGCAAGCUUACUCUACUGCCGUGGGAAGUUCCGCAUACUUUCUGGUUUUAUUCCAAAAUUGACAACUAUAUGCUGUUAGAACACUGCACAUACAUGAUAAAUGCUUUGUGUAAAGCAUUUUGAGUUCACCUUAAUGGUGGAGAAAGGUGUUAUAGAAAUCAUCAUUUACAUUUAUCCUAAGUAUUCACGCUCAUGAAGCCUGAGCAGUGAGCUAUUUUCUAGUUAUCAAAUAAUUUUUGUAAAACAGCAAUAAAACAUUAAAUGUACACUUAACCGUUAGAAACAAAGCUUUAGUAAUCUUGUAAGCAAACUUUAUUUUAAAAGUUUAUAUGUGCUUGAAAAUAUAAGUAAUGUGUACUUGUACCUCUUUUAAUUCCGCAGAACAUCCUUUAAACCAGGGGUGGGCAAUUAAUUUUCCCAAGGGGCCGCAUGAGAAAUUGGGAUGGUUUUAGAGGGACGGACUAAUACAGUUAACUCAGUUUUACCCAAUACUGUAUAUAUAGUAUAUAUACUGGCGGGCGGGCCGGUCAGAGACAGGAGGCGGGCCGGCCUUUGCCCAGGUCUGCUUUAAACAUUACACUAUCGUUUCAUAAAACAUGCAAAAGUAUAUGAAGUCUUUGAUUCUUAAUGUAUAAGAAAAUGUUAUUUUGUUUUUAAAAAAAUCUUUUAUUGGAAUGUAGUCAACGUAAGGGCAUUUUGUGCAUACAAACUUUCUGAUUAGCCUGAAUACUUUAAUAUUCUAAUCCUUAUGUUUAAUAAAACAGAGGUUAAACAGC